AUGGACUGUAACUGUUCCCACGUCACUGGUGACUCCUGCAGCUGCCCCAGCUUCUGCAUCAUCUGCAACUGCAAAGAGCGCAAAUGCACCUCCUGCAAGAAGAGCUGCAGCUCCUGCUGCCCUGUGGGCUGUGCCAAGUGUGCCCAGGGCUGCGCCUGCACAGGGGCAUUGGAGAAGUGUAGCUGCCAUGUCUGA